AUGUCAGCUACUAAAAACCUUAUUACAAGGUUUGAAGCUAAGGAGAAAACCAUCAUUCCUGUAGAAGAGUAUAAUGCUGCUCUAGAUGAAAUGUUGAGAUUCUCAAAUGGGAAUGUUUUUUUAAACCCUGACAAUAUAACAAAUGAGAAUAUCCAAGAUAUCAUUACGAGAUCUUACAAUGACCAUAAAGAAACCCGUUAUCAUUUGAGAUCUUUAAUUAAUGAUAGAACAAGAAUUGCCAGAUUAUUAGAUUUUUUCGAAACGCUAUCAAUCUCAAGCACAAUUGAUAUUUUAAUAGAUUCUUUACUACCACUUGAAGAAGGGGAGCCAGCUGUUGGAUCUGAUGGGACUACAAAUAUUGAUAUCAUUUUAUUAUGGUUAAGAGAAAUUCAUAAUAGAAUACAUUAUGGUGAAGAUUCUCAUCUCAAAUAUUUACAAACUUUUAUUUUACAAUUACUUAACAAAGAUUCCACAAGAAAAUUAAUAAGCUUUGAUUCAUGGAAAUUUUUAAUUAAAGAUUUAGGUUUAAGAAUUAGAGAACCAAUAAUUAAACCUUUAGCUCUUUUAAUCUAUUCGGAAUUGGAUAAAAGAUUCCACAAAGAAUUCACAUCCAAGAUGUUGGAUUUCAUUGACACUUUAAUAAUGGAGGCUGAAGCAGAUAUAGGUAAUGACCCCUUAUCUAUUAUUGUAGAUUUAUUAACAGAGUUAUAUCCUGUAAUGACUAAUUUAUGUUCUAAUAUUUUUUUGGGCAAACAAUUGGAUGAAUUAUUCAAAGAGAAAGUUAUUGAACAUGAUGAUCCAAGUUUUUCUGUUAGUUUAUUAAAAUUAUUAUCAGUCGGGUGUAUUGAUGAAGUAGUAAGAAAUUAUAUAGCAGAAAAUUAUACUUCAAUGUUAGAAAAAUCAUUGGAAUAUGAUCAAUACAAAUCAUAUUCCGCAUUAGUCUUAAUUAAAACUUGGUCUUUCACCAAAUUAUUAAAUGUCAAUAUAAAUCAUCUAUCUGAAAUCUUGGAAUCAAGUUUUAUUAGUGCUACUUCAUCAUCACCAAAUAAUACAAAGGUUUCAUGUGAUUUUAAUGAUUUGGAUUUAAUUUCUGUAGCUAUUGAAGGUUUAGCUUAUUUAAGUUUGAAAACUGCCAUUAAAGUUCAUUUAAGACAAAAUGUCCCAUUUAUGGAAAAUUUAUUAUCAUUGGCCAAAGAUCCAACAAGUUGUAAACAUAGUUAUUAUUAUGGUACAUUAGUAAUUUUAGCUAAUUUAAGUGUUUCACCAGAUGAUAGUGAUAAGACUCAAAAAAAUGCAGAAUCUCAAAAAGAAGACAGAUAUUCUCAAAGAAAGGCGUUUGGUGAUUAUUUGAACAUGACAAGUAUGAAUGAUCCAACAAAUAAAUCUGAUUCUACAUCUUCAAGUUCUAUUGAAGAUAAAAAAGAUGUUUUUGAAUUUAAUAAAAAUUAUAUUUUGAAAAGUGAAUUAUUAUCAUCAUUAAGAAAUCAAUUUUCUAAAUUAUCAUUUAAUGUUAAACAACAAACCAUAAGAAUUAUUUAUAAUUUAACAAGGGACAAAUCAUUAGUUGUUGAAUGUAUUAAACAAGGUGCCAUGACAGAUAUCUUGGAAUAUUUAACUAUUGAGCAACAAUUACAAAGACAAAAGCAAAACUCUUUAGAAACUUCAAAUCAUGAAGAAUUUGAUUUCGUUAGAUUAUUAGCUUCAAGAGCAUUAACUAAGAUGUUAAUUUCUACAAAUCCAUCGCUAAUCUUUAAAAAAUAUUCACCUGUGAAUGCAAUUCCAUUUUUAAUGGAUUUAUUACCAUCACCAAAUGAACAAAUUAAUAUAGAACAAAAUAAUAAUAAUAAUAAUAAUAAUAAUAAUAAUAAUAAUAAUAAUAAUAAUAAAUCCAGUAAUGCUAAUAAUCAAUUAGAAAAUCUUAAUUUUGGAGAUGAUGUUAUUACAAUAACAGAUAAUUUUGAAGCAUUAUUAUCUUUAACUAAUUUAGCAUCAUCAGAUAAAAAAGAUGGUGAUGAUGUUUGUUAUCAAUUAGUUAAUAAUGCUAAAAAUUGGGCAAUUAUUGAAAAUUUAAUUCUGGAUGAUAAUAUGAUUAUACAAAGAUCGACAUUAGAAUUAUUAUGUAAUUUAAUGAGUCAUCCAUUACCCAUUGCUGCCAAAUUUUUCAAUUUUGAAAAUCCAAAUAGUAUUCGAAAUUUUAAUAUAUUGGUUAAAUUAAUUGAAUUAAAAGAUAUUAAAUCACAAAGAGCAGUGACUGCAAUUUUUGCUAAUAUAGUUUCUACGAUACCAAUGAUUGCCAAGACAUUAAUCGAUAAAGAAGAAUUAAUUGCUAAAGCUUCUUUAGUAUUUUUACAACAAAAUUCUGAUGUGGAAUUAAGAAGAAGAUUAAUAAUAUUUUUCUAUUCAUUAUUUGAAAUAUUAUUUGAAAAUAAAAAUUUGAAAAGUGAUUUAUUAAUUAAUAAUAAAAAUUUGAAAAAAGCUUUAGAAAUUUCUAAAUCAUUACCAGAUACAGGUAAAGAAUAUUUAGAAGUUAUACCUCCAAUGCUUGAGUUUAUGACGUGA